AUGCCCCAGCAACACUACGAGGAAGGCUACCAGUCCAGCGACGAUGAGACGCGCAGCGUAGCUGAUACUGAGGCAGACAGCUUGUUCGAUAGCUGCGACGAUGAGCCUGACGUUACCAAGUUUUCCAACCCUACAAGCGUGGCAGAUGAGCCCGACAGCGACACAGAAGACGAUGCCUCGCUUUUCGAGGACGAAGUCCGGCACCCUCCAGAAUAUUACCUUGCUGCAGCAGCAAAGCUCGAUGUACGACGGCUCCGGUCACGUCGGUACAGUCCUAGGACCCAAGAUCGGCUUGACUGGGUGAGGGAGCAGCACGAUUGGUAUGAACAAGAUAUAGAUCAAUCUUAGGAAACCUGUGCUAACCUCACUCUAUCUGUAGCUACUGUACUUUUAUUAGACAAGAUACGGCUCAAUGCUUUAAUACGGUCUCGGCCGAAUUCCUUCACGGCUUUUUUAGCUGGGUUUGCGACCAACGACGGGGGAAGGGUGGACGGAGGCGACCUGGAAUCAAACAUACAAGCUCUCUAGGAACGUUUUGGAGAUGGUACCAGCUAGUAUACAAGUGCGAGACUGGUCGGAAGAUUGAUGAUAUGGUCCAACGACAAGGUCAAGAUGUAAGCAUAUCUUUCGAUUCUCUUCUCAUUAUCUAGAAUCUAGUGCUAACGUGAUCCUUAGGUCAUCAGGCUUGUGGCCGAGGAAAAGAUGCUAGCUAACACAAAGCGGGAGAGUGCUACAAUGUACGUCGAAGAUCUGGCCGAGUUUGCUCGCGUACUUCUUGCUACAACAAAGAUGACUUUCGAGAUCGGCUGGCUUCGCAUUCAACUGAUUCUCUUCUGCCAGCUCGCAGGAAUAACGGGGAAUCGACCAGAGGUAAUUGUGAAUCUCUGUUUUCGACAUUUUAAAUUAAACCUGAUCCGANUCUCUUCUGCCAGCUCGCAGGAAUAACGGGGAAUCGACCAGAGGUAAUUGUGAAUCUCUGUUUUCGACAUUUUAAAUUAAACCUGAUCCGAGACCCGAAUGGGAGCCGUCCUCGACUCUUUAUUGAGCUAACAGCUCAGUAUACAAAGACCUAUCUUGGCUUGAAAGAUGCGUAUGUAUUAUUUGCUUUUACCUUUGCUUUGCUCUGCUAA